AUGUCGGAGCGCGUCCACGUUGUUGUCCGUAUCCGCCCUUUCAUCGCCUCUGACCCCCCCGAUGCGGAACUCAACACACUCGUGCUCAACCCGACGCACGUCAGCGUGGGCGACAACCGUGUCUUUAAGGUGGAUCGGGUCUACAUGAUGGAGGACGCCACAGAGCUCAUCUACGCCGAGUCCGUGGCGCCACUGAUUACCCGCUUUCUACGGGGCUUCAACGCCAGCGUCCUCGCAUACGGCCAGACGGGCACAGGCAAGACCUUCACAGUGCAGUCACUGCUGCCUCUGCUGCUGAGAGACAUCAUGGCCGACAACGGUGUGCGCAGCGGUGCGGCAGGGCCACCCAGCGUAGAGACGCGAACCUCUCCCACGGGAACAGCACCACUGCUGUACCUCCAGUACGUCGAGGUGUACGGUGAGACGAUUCGCGACCUGCUGGAGGGUCCAGCCGCCGCCGCCUCGCGACGCAAUGGCGAGGAACCUGACAACAUCCGCCUCGUGACGACGACGGUACCGGGGGCAAGGGCUGAGCGUCCUCGCCUGGAGCGCGUGGACCUGCAAUGCCCUCCGACGGACGAGCGUGAGGCGGCGGUAUCGGCGACGACAGGCUGUGCUCUUUUGGGCGCCGCCAUCGUCCCCAUCUUCACGGUCGAGCAAGCCGGGGUGCUGAUCGCCCGUGGUGACACUCGACGCGCGACAGGGGCGACAAACGUCCACGAGAGCUCCAGCCGCAGCCACGCAAUCCUCACCCUUUUCCACUCUCGCUACGCGUGCCGGCUUGACGUCGUCGACUUGGCCGGCUCGGAGCGAGAGAAGAAGACUGGCAACGUCGGCGUGCGCUUCCAGGAAAGUAUCGCCAUCAACACUGGGCUGCUGGCGCUGGGCAACGUCAUGCGUGCGCUGAGUCGCAUCAAUAGAGCUGCCAACGGGAAGGAGACUGACCAGGGUGGUGGUGGCAGGCAUCAGCGUUCACACCACGUCCCCUACCGCAGCAGUCGGCUAACACGUCUAUUGCAGGACACCCUUGGCGGCAACAGCGCUACAGUGUUCAUCGCCUGCGUGGCACCCGACACGUACAAUCGCGAUGAGACGCUGCGGACCCUGCAGUACUGCUCCCUGGCUUUGCGCAUUCUGAACGAGCCGCUGCAGCAGUACGAGCGCCUGCGACGCGCGCAGUCGCCGCUGGGUCGCCGUGGCAGCCCCUCCACCGCCAUGGUCUCUCCGCUGUCGCUGCGCGAGGACUCACACACCGGCGCCGCAGCGACGAGGGGCUGCAGGGCGAAGGACGAGUCGAUGAUGACACCGCUAAAGGUACGCGAGGUGCAGUCCGCUUACGCCAGCCUCCAGCAACAGUACGACGAGCAAGCUGAGGUGAUUGCUUGCAUGUGCGCCUCGCAUGCGACAACAAAGGAGCGACUGGCACUGUGCGAGCGGGAGCUCCGCAAGGAUGAGGGCAUCUUCACCCAACAAAUACGAGCUAUGCAGGCGCUCGUGUGCGAGAAUCAGAAGCUGCGGCGGCGGCUGGCCAAAGUAUAUACUGCCACCUCCGCCACGGCGGGAGCGACCAUCAGACAGGAUAAGGCCGCCAUGGUACAUGAACCCCUCCUCCGCGGCGAUGAUGGCCCGCUUCAGUCCGCUCGCAUAGCCACGAACUCGCGCCUUGACAACAAGGAUCUUACGGACGCCAUAGGCGACAUGCUGCCUGCCGGUGCUCGCGAUGCCGUGGAUGGUGUCAGUGUCUCACCGCGGCUUGCACCCUCGCACUCACAAGGCCACUAUCAGCAGCACUCAGCCCCAGCAGCCACCACCGCGCCUACCCGACCGCCGCUGUCUGCCCAUUCGCCACACCGCCCACAUGACGUCAAGGAUGACGUUACGGACGGCGCCCAGUACGUGCCACUUGAGGAGUUGCCGCUCGUGGCGACACACAAGGCUGGUGUACGGGUCGACGGCGGCCGAAGAGGUGCAGAGACACCGACGUACCCACUUUCGGGGAGCCAUGCGGAGACUUCGCACGCACUCGACGGCAUGGCGUCUGCUGCUCUUGCUGCUCCAGACCCUGCGGAGUCGGCACAGUCGUUCAUCCGCUACAUUCUGAACCUGCAUGGAAUCGAUCCAGAAGCUGAUGAAGCAGGUAACGCUGGUGGUCUUGACAGAGGAGGGGGAGCACAAGCGGUGGCAGCUGGGGCCAGGUCUCUCCAGUCCUCCAUCCGAAAACUCGUUGCUACAAGCGUGGGUGGUGUGGCGCUGCAACCGGCGCAAGCAUCGAAAGAAAGGAUCGAGGACAGUCGUGAUGGCCACACGCGACGCGGAGAUGCGGCAUCGACUCUGGACUACGCUCUGUCGCGUCCCACAAACCGCUUUACUAUGACCCCUCCUCCGCACACGACGGAGGAGCUACCUGAGGAAGCGCGCAGCGGCUGGGAGAGUCAAGUACGCUCUCGAAGGUGCGACACCGAUUCGGCUCAGCCAGAGAGAGACAGCUCGGGUGUGCUGCUACUGGCGGCAGAGUUGCUGCGCUACCAAGGAGCAAACAUGGAGUUGCGCAACCACAUCGAAGUACUCCAAGCAGAGCUGGACGGCAAGCAGCGAGAGGCCGCGCUACUGCGUCUGGAGCUACAAGAGAUGAAAGAGCUCUUCACCACGUAA